GGGAAGGAUGAGGUUUCUUGAGCAGUGAACCAUCAGGGCUUCCAGAAGGAGACUGUACCUGCGGCCCGAUGCAGAACGGGGAGGCUAUGAGCCCGCAGGAGUCAGAGGCAGCAGGCGCAGAGGCCAUGGAGGACCAGAAAGCCCCAAACCAGAGCCAGAACCAUGCCUGUGUUGAACCCACAGCGCCUCCUCUUCCUCCUCCUCCUUCCCCGCCGCCACCAGGGCCGCCAGAGUAUCCAAGACCCAGGCUCAUUUUCCACACCCAGCUGGCUCAUGGAAGCCCAACAGGCCGCAUCCACGGAUUCACCAACGUCAAGGAGCUCUACGCCAAGAUUGCUGAAGUGUUCAACAUCUCCCCCUCAGAGGUACCAAACCAACACAAACAUGUGUGUUAAAUAUGAUCAGGAUAGUUUCAUAUAUUUAAAGUUUGAGGAAGAUAAUUCUGGUAAAAGAAGAACUGCAUUUCCUUUCUUGUACUGUUGGUUUGUCAGGCCUGCUGCUAUUAGGUGUAAGGUUUCCACUCUCGGCUUUUUUCCAUGAUGCACUAUUGAAGACCAUUUGGCUCAUGCUGUCUGCCAGACUUUGCACUUGUCGGGGCCUCAACCAGGAUCAAUAAUGGAAACAAAUAACAAGAUAACAUUCUGUAGUCAAUAGACUACACACACGUGCUUAAACAAAACAACUUACAGUAACAGGAGUGAGUUCAGAGCGAGUGUUUUUAACAAAGAGCCACGGUUGAAUUACAGACAAAUGACUCUAUUAUUUGGCAAUUUUAGGAAAUGAUGUACCUAUUUUGCUGCAUCGUAUAAGGUUAACAGAAAAUUGUUCAAAACUUGCUCAUAAGUGUUAGAGAGGAGAAAAAUCCCUGCCGUGAAUCAAUUUUCAUUCCUGCAAAAGUCACACACUUUCAGAUGGAAAGUCCUGCCAUGCUUGCAUCAUCUAACUUGGUUUGAAACACAGACUUUCUUUGAUAUCAUGGAAUUCCUGUGAUGACUCCCCGUGUGAUGACAUUAGUCGUAUUUUGUCACACUUGGCAAAGUUUCUCUGGGGUCACAUAAGACAUUAAAAACUCAGCUGUUUCAGUUUAAUAAUCAUAACACAUGAUGUGUGCGCUAACUGUGGGUUUGGAUAUUGUGGACUUUCCGUUUUAAAACAUCCCUACAUAAAGACUCACUAUUCUUACUAACCACUUCAUAUCUGCAAGAAAUGCAUUAACUGUCUGUGAAUAUGUGAUACCUCAUUCAAAAUUUCAAUGCCAGAAUGAUCCAACAGCAUCGUAGAACAAUAAACAAUGAAGGUGAUCAAAAGUUUGAUUAUCAGUUAAGAUGCAGAUAAUAGUCACUCACAAGGCCAGAAUCCUUGAAAGAUGUGAAGUCAACUAUCUUUAGUGGGUCAUGGUUAACCAAAUCCCUCUGCGGCCUUGUACCGCUCUCAGUGUUCGACACAACAGAAGACCACAGGCUGUGACCAAAACUCCCAUGCUGAUAUCAGACAAAACUUCCUUUAUCAAUUCUGAUUUAAUUCACAUUUGUAUUCAAGAUAGGCAUUUCAAUGACUUUAAUUCAAGGUGGGAGGAAUACAACAGAGAGAUGAGAGUAAGAAAGGGUGAUAGUCAACAAUAAAAAGAAGUGUGGCUCUGGGUGUGGAAGCUUGUGCACCUAUUGUUUGCUGAAAUCAACUCAAAUAAUAUCUCAGUGUUAAUACAUUUCAAUAUUAAAAACAAAGGCUUAAAAAUAUUCAAUUUUAUAGGUUAUGAAGCGGGGAUGAGGUCUUCUGUCUGCAGCAGUUCUGCAGCAACAAACGUAACUACAGCAACUAUCCAUCUUAUCUCGUAAUUAUCAGUUUUGUUUUGAAGGCCACCUUGAAGGUUUUUCCUAUCUGCAUAUCACUUGUUGGAUGAUUGGAGAUGGAAUAUGGACUGUGAAGAUCAAAUCAGGCCACUAAAAAAUGCUGGCCUGUUGCUUGAAGCUUAAUUUCUCUAUGAGGAAGAAGUUUAGGCUUAAGAAGUUUUUGCUGUUAUAACCCUUAGGUGCAAAUGUAAGAAACAUUAAGUUCCAUUGAAUGUCUUUUAUAAAUGCUUCAGUAAUCUGCAAGACUAUCAGCCAAACAGGAGACAUUUAAUAGAAAACAAUGUGAGGGUGACAGCCUGCUCAACAAUAACAAUAAUCAUUAGAAACUGUUAUUGAAUGCUUUGCUUUUCAAUCAGUUUAUCACUCAGUAACUGAAUUGGUUUGUUAAAAAAAAAAAACUUAAUAGAAUAGAAUAGAAGAAUAGAAUAUUCCUUUAUUGAUCCCCCAUGGGGGAAAUUUUUUUUUUAAUUUUUUUUUUUAAAAAGGCCUUAUGUAGGAUAAUAAUUGAUCAUAUGGGGCGUAUAUCAAUGUAGCCUUGAACAGCAAUCGGACUUCUAGAUAUAGUUUUGUCAGUGGUAAAUAUCAGGCAGUUAGGUGGUGAUAGUGGGAUGUACAACAGUUUCCUUGAACCCUUGAGGACUGAACAGCAGCAGCAUAAAGUUACCGUACAACAAGAUGCAAGGGGAGACCUUGGACUGCAGUCAGACUGUUCCAUUUGCCAGAGGAAUUACUGCGAGUAAUAUCUUACGGGAACAGCUCUGAGUUAGAUAACAGUUCAGAGAGGUUAUCUCAGAUUUCCGCUUUGUAUUAUCAAGUCAAACUUGAACUUCAACCUCUAAGAAAAACAAAAUCAAGGCGUUGAGGGUGAAUGAAAAUCAAAGCAUUUUUUCAGAGAUUACAUUUCUUGUUAGGAAGAGAUUGGCGAAGAUUGGCCACAGUUCAAAGAGCUGUAACACAAGGGUCAUGUGGUCAGAGCAGCAAUGUCAACAUGCAAAUGCUGAUCUAAGGAAAAUUUUCUCCUUCACUUCAUAACUUCAGUGAGAUCUAAGGACUUUCUGAGAAGUUUUCAUCGUUGUUAAAACUGCAAACUACCCCAAUCAUUUGGUUACAAACUUUUUCUUCUUGAUACAUCCAUUGCUGACUACAAAAUGGCCACAAAUGCAAAACCAAAUGAUUUGGCUCUACUGCCCUCUGCUGUUAAAUUUUAUGCAGCACGGCUGAAAACCAAAUAGCUUCAUUUGGUUUGUUAGCUUGGGUUGUAAAAAAGGACGCAAUGAAAUGACAAAGGAGGGCAAAAUAACAACAACAACAACACGAAAAAUCCAUUAACAAUGAACUAGAAAAAAAAUUAGCACCAUUUUCCAAAAAUUUCCUCAUGGAGAUCAAUAAAGUAUCAUCUUUUCUCAAAACUUUACAUCAAAAGAAACUAGUUUGCAAAGAUUACAAAGCAAAACCAUAACACAGAUUGUAUACUCUCCCUCUCUUCUGACAGUAUCUAAUAAAAGAUACAAGGGAGCUCAAUAUGUAAAUGUAGGUGAACUGCUGAUGGUAAAUGCUGAUCAAUUAUUGACCUCAUACGAAAAGCAUACUGAUGAAAAAUAUGGACAACAUACCUUUUCUGCCUCUUUAUUCAGAGAACUGUAUCUCAAUGAAUCUCAGUUUGUAUCAACUGUUUGUUUUAUUAAUUUAAACUACUUUGUGUGUCCCCCUUUCAGAUCCUGUUCUGCACCUUAAACUCCCACAAAGUAGACAUGCAGAAGCUCCUGGGGGGACAGAUAGGGCUGGAGGACUUCAUCUUUGCCCACAUCAGAGGAGAAACUAAAGAGGUGGAGGUUACAAAGACAGAGGAUGCUCUGGGCCUCACUAUUACAGACAAUGGAGCUGGAUAUGCUUUCAUCAAGGUGGGCAUCUCUGACUUAUUUUAGAUAUUUUUGUCAAAGAUAGUUUGAUUUUUAUACUCCUAAAUGAACUUUUACAGUUUGUGAUGAAAUCCCUGUCAACUAACAGUAUAGAAGACUGCUGCAUGUGAAUAUAUUUGAUAUGUUUCUGUCAGAGGAUAAAGGAAGGCAGCACCAUAGACCGGCUGAAGACAGUGUGCGUUGGUGAUCACAUUGAGGCCAUCAAUGACCAGAGCAUUGUGGGGUGUCGACACUACGAGGUAGCUAAGAUGCUGAAAGAACAACCCAGAGGAAUACCGUUCACUCUGCGCCUGGUGGGGCCCAAGAAAGCCUUUGGUGGGUACUACAAAAUGUUGACCUAUUAUAUUUAACUUCUGUAACGUCUGCUCUUCCUCAUGCCACCAAAUACUACUUCCUUCACCUUCAAGUUGUCACUUCAGCUGCUGCUAUGAUGCUCUUUUUAAAGGCACAUUUCACUUAAAAAAAACAGGUCAAACAUAAUAAGCUCUUUAUGGUAAAAUAAUUAAAUUUCUAACAUAUGAUUAAGAUUAGGAUUCACGUGAUAACUACCAAACUGUACAUAAUUAAACGGAUAAAUAUCCAGCCCUUCUUACUGCUACAUUUCUUACCCUAAUAUUGAACCCCUUCACCGAAAAUAGAUGGUCUAACGUAAGUGGAUCGAAGUCACGUUAUAUUUAUAUUUGUAGGUCAAAGUCAUUGAAAUACCAGCAUGCAAAAAGUACAUGUAAACAUAAAUGCAGAAAGAGAGGGAUGGAGGGAGAACACAUGGUUCAAGUUUACCAGACUCUCUGCAUUUACACAACUGUCUGUGCUGGAGAAACUGUAAACAUUUGAUCAUGAUGUACGAGCGGUACUUUCCCUUUUGCGAGGGAACCAAAGUGGCACUUUAAUAUCAGGCAUUUAUCUGUCAUGAGUAAAAAUGCACGAACAAUUAAUUAGUCUUGCUCUAAGCCAAGCCCCAGACAGGACUCUGACGUGACCUCCUGCUCUGACAUGUUCGACUUUUAUUAAUGCGAGCAAAAUUUCCUGCACUUUUCCCUUAGACUUUAAUUUAGGACUGUAUUUAUCAUUGAGAAACCCUCCACACCUUUUUCCCCCCCCUCUGGGAAAUGUUUUUCCUCUUUAACAGUAAAUUUAGUGGCUCAUUGAUGAUAUCUGGGUCAGAACACAACAAGGGAAAGAGGAAGUCUGCAUUUCUAAGUGGAUAUAACAGACUGGGAUGGAGAAAAACUGUCAUCAGAACCUUGUUAUCAGGCAGGAAACUAGAUCCAUGGUCAAUGGCUAACAUCCUGUUAACAAUCAUGGACAGUAUUUUGUUACCGUGCUCAAUGUUGUUAUGAGACAAUAGCAACUAAGAGCCCAUUAAGUGGCAUGAACGAGCUGGGCCCAACAGAUUGUGUACUUCUGGUUGCCAUAGAUCUGUAGAUGCUUUCUAAUUCUGAUUUAGUACAAACUGCUGUGUUUGAGGUAAAGAAUGAAUAGUCACAAUAAAAGAUAACAGCCCAGUGUAAUGGGCAUUACACACACUGCAUGUGUUGUUUCUGGGGGACCUCAAAAUAAGAAAAAAAGGGAUUUAAUCAAACCAGAACCCAGUUUUGGAGUUAUAAAUCUUGCAGUAUAAACUGUUCUUUGGCAUCUCGUAGCUUCUCUUUAUCUGAACCAGAGCAGCACUUUCAGCAAUGCUAACAUGAAGAUAAAGUUUAUUUAUAUCUGGAAAUCAUCUGCUGUCAAAUCUGAAAAGGAUGAAACCGACCCCUGCCACUGACAAAGUGAUAAUAUCAGCAUUGAGUAUCAGCUAACCUGCUCUCUCAUUAUCAGUAUUGGCACUGGCCAUCGACAAACUGAUAUUGAUUGAUCACUAGUCUCACUGUAAAAAAUGCCAAACCUAUAUAAGUAAAUACAGAUCCAACAGGAUGUCUGUUUCAUCUAUAAAAUGUGGUCAAUGCUUAACCGCUUGUUUGUGUUUAUAUGUCCGGUCAGACAUGAUUGGAAUGAGGACCCGAGCACCAAAAUCUAAUGAGGGCAAGAUGGUGAACGGGAGAGAGACCCUACGUCUGCGCUCCAAGGGCACUGCUACGGUUCAAGAAGUGGUGAGUUUCACACGCUCUGUAGGACAAUGACAUUGCUUCCUGUGUACUCUCAGUUUUCUUAGUCAGUAACCCAUGAAGUUCACUCUAAGACAUAAAAACACUACAUCACAGAGUUCCCAAGAAGGAUUCUGGGGAACUGAAAUGACCCCAUGUAAACCACAAAACUCACAGCUGGAUAAAUCAACCCCCACUCUUUUACAUGACUACUAAAGUUUCUGUCCAGAUAUGUUCUGUGUUUAGUUUUUCCCUGGUUUUGUGAUUUAAACGUAUUUUCUUUGUUAUUUUACCUCGUGUUUCUGUUCCAUAUUGUUCCUGUUCCCCUGUAGUCUUGUCUUGUGAGUUUUCAGUUUGUGUCUGACCCUGUUCCCCUCAUGUUCUCAGUGUUUCCUGUUUUAUUUUGUAGUAGUUUAUUCCCUGUGUUUCUAGUCUUGCUUUACUUCCUGUGUUUUCCCUCCUCUGUAAUUGUCUGCACCUGUGUCUCGGUGUCUCACCUGCCUCUCGUUGCUCGUUUGCCUGUGCAUAUAUAGUCCUUGUCUUCCCCUGUUUCUUGGUUGGUUCAUUGUGUGUAUCUUUGUCAGUGUGUACGUGUCCCCCCCAGUGAGUUGUCAGUGAAUUUUUUUUGUUCCUUGGAUUUUGCUUCCUGUGUUUUGGAGAUUUUUUAAGUUGGACUUUUUAAGUAAGUUUUUGUUGCUUCUUAUUUAGUUCUCUUUAAAUAAAUCCUUUUUUCAUCCUGCAUAUGGGUCUUUUUCUUUGUCUAACCUUGCAAAGAUGUGACUUUUUUUUUAAAACAAUGCUUAUUACUUCCAAGGAAGUGACCCUUUUGACUGACAAAGUGACCAACUUCCCACACUUCACUCUGUUAGCGGGUUCUGCAACCCUCGAGAAAAGAAAAACACUUGAUAAACACACAUUUACUAGCAUUUACCGGCAAUACGCAGUUUGUGUGAUUCAGCGUUAAAAGACCAUCAAACUUCUGAUGUUUUCAUGCAACAAAAAUGUUAGAAACAAUAGCUUAUGAUAUUCUUGGCUCUUUCAAUGAUUAGAAUGAGCUUGUGAAGUUUGUUUUACCAUAUUUAGAGCUUGAACAGCACUACUUUCCCACUCAAGCUUCUGUAUUUUUUUUUGCACUUACAGCAGAAUGAGUUUGAGGAACGGGCGACCAGAAGGGUGGAUGACUUGUUGGAGAGCUACAUGGGAAUCAGAGAUCUAGAGCUGGGUAAGACCAUACACAGAAGUAUCCUCUUAUAACCCUCUCUCUUUCUUUCUCUCUCUCUUUUUUUUUCUUGUAGAACUUUAUUUGCUUAAAAAAAAAAAAAACUGUUGCCCCCAAUAAUGACACCAAAAUUAAACACACACGCAUACACUUAUUUUUUUAUGCGUCCCUGCUGAAUAUUUAAACCAGAACAGAAUUGCACAGAAUCAUUUUCUUUCUUUUUUUUUUUUUUUUAACCCCUCGGGGAGGUCUCAGUUUGCCAAGUGUCCUUGUAAGGGUCAAAAGUUUGAGAGGGAUGAUUGCAAUGUUACUUCUAAUAGGAGAUUUUCCCAGACCCUCGGGGUCGAUGGCCUGAUUUUCAAGAAUGUAUUUCCUUAAAAAUUCAGACCGUAUUUCAUAUUAGGUCAGUGAUUUCUCCUUCUGCUUGUCUCUCUUUGAUUGGCAUGGAAGUAUUAUUUUGCUGAAGUGAGGAUUAUCAAAAUGACUGCGAGGAAAGGGUGAUGAAAAAUAUCCAUUCCACUCACUGCCAAAGCUGGAAACAAAUCUCAGCUGUUUACUUUUCACUGAAUUAUUUUACUAUUUUUGGAUGUAGAAUCCAAACAUCAGAAACAAACUAUUUUCAACUUUCUGUUUUUAACUAGGACCUGUUUGAUGAAAUGCUGAGACUGCUUUGGCAGGGUGACUUAUAAUAGUGUGUUGGUGCAUUACACUUUGGAUUACAUUUGAAUGUUCUAGAUGAUAAACUUAUUUGCACUGUAUCUUAAACGAUACUUAAAAUAUGGUCAAAAUAUCUAGUUUUUUUCUGGCUGAAAUGAUGCAAAUUUGAGUAUAUGCAUUUUAAAAUCCCUUUACAUGUCCGUUUUUUUUCAUUUGAAAAGCUUCAAAGCAAACCUACAACACAAUGAAAACACAAUGUGAUUAAUUCUUCAUGAAGAAUUGGGGAUUUUAAGAAAAUAUGUAUUCUGACUUGUAAUUCAAGAACUUUUUUGUUUGUUUUUUAAGAAAAGGCAGGAUUACGACUUGAAAAUGACUUUUUGAUACUCAAUUUAUGAGUCACAGCCACAGUUCUUUUAUUUGUCAGUACAUUGUGGUUAAAAAAAUGGGAUUUCUUCACAUCUGUCCCAUGUUUUGUAUUCUGCAGCAACCACCAUUGUUGAGGCAGGUAAAGACAAGAAGAACCCCGAUGACUUUGCAGAGGCCUUGGACUCCGUUCUGGGAGAUUUUGCCUUUCCUGAUGUGUUUUUGUUUGAUGUAUGGGGGGCUAUUGGAGACGUCAAGAAUGGGAGAAUGUAGACAUCAAACAUAUUCACGAGCACAUAAAGAUGGAGCUCUGUUUUCAGGCUCACCAAACCAGAGAGAAAAAACUGGUCCAACUUUCGAAGCUGCAUUAUCAGUUCCUCCAAACAUCUUUAACUAAUUAUUUAAAAUCCUAAUAGGCACUACAUUUCUUCCAAUAAUUUCCCCUUUAAACACUCAGAUAAAAGCAAUUUGCCCACAAGUUGAUCAUUAGUCUUGAUGUUAAAUGUCUGCAAACACACUAAUCUAAAGUUAAAGAGGCUCUGCAACAGCCCAAACAAAUUAAAUAAGAAUGGACUUUCAGCAUACUGCAACCCUAAGCAACAAGGCCACUUUAAAAGCACAUAAACAAAUCCAUACAUAAUAUAAAGACAGAAACAUUGGAAGGAGAAAAUAAUCUUGCUGCAACAAACAAAAUCAUAUGAAUUGGAAGCACAGGUGCAUUAAGUAUCUAAAUAAUGCAAUGCACAAAUCUAAGGUUAAGAAAUAUUUUGCAUAAGGUUUUUGCUUUUGGGUUGUAUUUAAUUUUGAAUUUGCAAAAAAGCAAUUUUUUCUCCUAAUGAAGAUGUUCAGGCUGUUGUAUGCCUCUUUUUGAUGCUGUACGUUCCAGGUGGAAAACAAUUGGUCUCACAUAUGUUAUGCAAGGUUUUGGGGCUCCCUUCAUCAUUAAGAUAUCUGAACAGUGUGUAAGGAACAUAGAUGCAAAGCACUCAGCCAGACAUCUAGGAAUCAAGGAAGCAAGAUAAGCACCAGUAACCUUUGUUCUCUGAUGAAAUCCCAAUGGGAAAAACAGGAAGGGGACAAGGGGACAUUUCUGGGUCACCUCUAAGUCGGAAUGUGUCAUUACAAUCUUUUAUAGCUUGUUUGUAGAGUUCAAGAGCAACACUUGAUUUUAAAGUUUUGAAAUAUGUGCAUGCAGAUUGUCACAGAGUGAGUUUACCAUUUGGCCUUAGAGAAACUAAACCUUUCAGAUGUAGGUCAUUAAACAACAGAUCUAUGUAGCUCUGAUAACCGGCUUGCAUAAAAUCAAACAUGAAAAAAUCUGUUUCAAAACAUGACAAAAAACAAACAUCCAAAAAAGAAAUCUGCUGUAGCAAAACCUCAGGGGGACAAUCUUCGGCUGAAAUUUUCUGCUCUAAGACCCUUAUUUUCCCCACAGUGUCAAACAGAAACCAAACCAUUGACAUUCCAGGACAAAAAUAAAAAGCAGGCUACAUGUACAUAAAUUCCUGAUCAGUUCCCGUUUCCUUGCUUAAUACCUUUGUAUAUGUAUCAUGGGAAAGUUUGUUUUAGCUUGAAUCAGCCUUUCUAUCUUUCUUUCUGUUGCUGCACUUGAGUUUUUCACGCUCUCAAAAGGUCACUAACUAAGUGAUAUUUAAAUAGGAAACCCUGACUCACUAAAUGCUGUUUGGCUCCACCUUCUUUUUCCAUUCUGGCUGCGCAAUAUCUGAAAGUAAUGUUUUGUUUGUAACACUUUGUAUAUGAUUGCUUCUCUUGAUGAAUUCAGACCAUCUGACAUUAAUAAACAGUAAGCAAAAAGAUCAAAAAAUAA